AUGGGCUCUAUUCUUCAAAUUAGCUGGAGCAAUCAGGUUUCACAGAGCGAGAGCUUCAGAGAGUUCGCAAUGAAAGAAUCCGGGGAGCAUGGCGAGACAUCCAAGGCGCCCCUGAACAGGGGGGUCAGCAAAGGACUGUCUGUGCUUGAUCUCAUACUUCGUUUCAUUGCCAUCAUCGGCACCCUUGCCAGUGCCAUUGCAAUGGGCACCACCAACGAGACACUUCCUUUCUUCACACAGUUCAUCCGGUUCAAGGCGCAGUACAGUGAUCUUCCGACUCUAACGUUCUUCGUCGUUGCGAAUUCAAUUGUCUGUGCCUAUCUCAUCCUCUCACUUCCAUUGUCAAUUGUGCACAUCAUUAGGAGCAGGGCCAAAUUCAGCAGGCUCCUCUUGAUCUUUCUUGAUGCAGUAAUGCUAGCACUGGUGACUGCGGGAGCAUCAGCAGCAGCGGCUAUUGUGUACUUAGCACACAAGGGCAAUGUCAGGGCAAACUGGCUUGCUAUUUGCCAGCAGUUUGACUCAUUCUGCGAGCGUAUCUCUGGAUCGCUCAUUGGUUCGUUUGGAGCCAUGGUUGUGCUCAUACUUCUGAUAUUACUCUCCGCCAUUGCCCUUGCGAGGCGCUAGAUCAAAUCGCACAUCAUUUGCUUCCACAUGAAGUAUACAAUAUAAUAGUGUGGUCAUCAGGCUUCUAUCUUUAUGUAACCGUCUAUGUGCCUAUAAGCCUAUUACAUCUUGCUAUGAUUCUCUGCUAUCUCAAGUGUUGCCGUGAUUCUGUACCUGUUCUUU